GGCGUGUCCCUGUUUGGCGAAGGAGAACAGUGCGAUAUAAUCGUGUAGACCAGUCAGCGAUGCGGCACAACCUGAGGGCUCCGGUGCAGGUGACAGAGAGAGUAGAAAUGGACACUUGAGGAGAAAUAGACGCGGCGAAGAGAAAAUGGGCUUUUUUUUUUUUUUUCUUUUUGAUAAAGCAUCCCCGGUCAGGCUGAAAUGGAGGAAGCAGGAAUGGGAAAGUUUGCCGCGACCUCACAUUAGCUCGUUUUUAGCAGCAAAACCCUAAAACGCCGUCACUUUUAGCUGAGACCAGCAGAUUCUCACCGCCAGCCCCUCGGCUCACCCUCUCGGCUUUUCCCCAGCCUGUAGCGGCGGCCGGCGCUCCCCCUCCCCAGCCGGGAGCCGCCGCGGGACGGGACGGGACGGGGCGGGAGCGGCAGAGAGAGGGAGGGAGAGAGGCGGCCCGCGGGGCAGCUUCCUCCCGCUCUCCCUUCCUCGUCCGGCGGCCGCAAGGAGCGGACCAUGGCCCGCAGCCGCCGCCGGGAAGGCUCCGCGCCAGGCACGGCCCCGCCGCCAGGUCCCCCCGGGGGCACCGGGCCCUGGGCUCGGGGUUAGAGCCUCGCCCGGCGGGGCGCGGGGCCAUGGGCACGGCGUCGUCCCUGGUGAGCCCGGCGGGCGCGGUCGGGGAGGUGAUCGAGGACACGUACGGUGGCGGCGGCGGCGAGGCCUGCGAGAUCCCGGUGGAGGUGAAGCCCAAGGCGCGGCUGCUGCGCGGGUCCCUGCGGCGCGUCGGCGGCUCCCGGCCCGGCGGCCUCAUCGGGGCCAGCUUCAAGUCGACGGCCUCGGUGCAGGAGCUGGAGUGCGUGGCCGAGUACGAGCGCCUAAGGAAGGAGUACGAGAUCUUCCGCGUCAGCAAGAACAACGAGGUGGCCUCCAUGGUGAAGAAGGAGGCCAAGCUGGACAGGGAGAACAAGCGGCUGCGCGCCGAGCUGCAGGCACUUCAGAAAACAUACCAGAAAAUACUUAGAGAGAAAGAAAGUGCAUUGGAAGCUAAAUACCAAGCCAUGGAGAGAGCUGCUACUUUUGAACAUGAUCGAGACAAGGUCAAAAGGCAAUUCAAGAUUUUUAGAGAAACUAAAGAAAAUGAGAUUCAGGACUUACUGAGGGCCAAACGAGAGCUAGAAGCAAAACUCCAGAGACUGCAGGCCCAGGGAAUCCAAGUGUUUGAUCCUGAAGAGUCUGAUUCUGAUGAUAAUUGUACAGAUGUUACAGCUGCUGGGGCACAAUCUGAAUACUGGAAUGGAGGAGUGUUGGGAAGUGAGCCAUCCAUGGGUAGUAUGAUGCAACUUCAGCAGUCUUUCAGAGGGCCUGAAUUUGCACAUAGCUCCAUAGAUGUCGAGGGGCCAUUUGCAAAUAUAAACAGAGAUGAUUGGGAUGCUGCUGUUGCCAGUUUAUUGCAGGUUACUCCUCUGUUUUCCCACUCUCUUUGGAGUAACACAGUGAGAUGUUAUAUUAUCAGUACUGAUGAGACUCAGCCAGAAGUGAGCAUCUUCAUUAGAAACUACUCCCCAAAACUUCAGAGAGUCUGUGAAACAAUGGGGUACUUCUUUCAAGUUGUUAAUUUUUCAACAGAGAAUGAAAGGCCUCUUCAGGAUGUAAGAAAAUGGGAAAUUGAAAAAAGUUCAUUAGUAAUUUUGCUUCUGCAUUUAACUUUGCCAAGUUGUUUGUUGGAGGACUGUGAAGAAGCCUUCUUGAGAAAUCCAGAAGAAAAACCUCGGUUAAUUUACCACAGAAGGGAGGAUGGCAAAGUCAGUUCAGUCUCAGUGCAACAGUUAAUUGAGCAAAUUUCUUGCAUGAACAAAGCAAAGAUGAUUGACCAUGUUGGAGGUAUGGAGGAAGGAGCAUAUGAAAUCUAUAACUGUGUGGAAAAAAUAAUUAAACAGGAUAUACUGGGGUGUGAAAUGACAGACCUAGAAGGCAAGGAUUUGGGUAAUAAGGAAGACUCCUCUUCUCCUGAAGAAGAAGUUUUUGGUGAUGUAUUGUGGGAUGCACAUGAUGAACAAGAACAGAUGGAAGCCUUUCAGCAGGCCUCUAAUUCAACAUGUGAGCUGGGAUUUGAGAAAUAUUUUGAACGUCUGAAUGACCUAGUAGCAGCACCAGCACCAAUUCCACCAUUGCUUGUAUCAGGAGGACCAGGCUCUGGGAAAUCUCUUCUUCUGUCUAAAUGGAUUCAAUUACAGCAGAAGCAUUCACCAAGCACACUAAUUCUUUACCACUUUGUUGGGAGGCCCUUGUCUACUAGUUCAGAAUCUGCACUGAUAAUUAAGCGCCUUACUCUGAAGCUUAUGCAGCACUCUUGGUUAGUAUCACCUCUGACUUUCGAUCCAGCUAAACUUCUGGAAGAGUUUCCCCGUUGGCUGGAAAAGCUUUCUGCACGCCAUCAAGGCAGCAUUAUUAUAAUUAUUGACUCUAUUGACCAAAUACAGCAAGCUGAGAAGCAUAUGAAGUGGUUGAUAGAUCCACUGCCAGUGAACGUGAGAGUGAUUGUAUCAGUGAAUGUAGAAACGUGUCCACAGGCGUGGAGGUUAUGGCCCACUCUUCAUCUUGAUCCCCUCAAUUCCAAAGAUGUUAAAUCUCUCAUUAGUGCAGAAUGUAACUCUGCAAAUGUUAAAUUGACUAAAGAGCAGGAGAAGAAGCUUGAGAGACAUUGUCGUUCCGCCACAACUUGCAAUGCCUUGUAUGUCACUCUCUUGGGGAAAACCAUUGCUUGUGUUGGAAAAACAGGAAAUAUUGAUGAGAUUCUUCAGCAGUGUUGCCAGUGUCAAGACACAGUGUCACUGUACAGGCUUGUUCUGAGAUCAAUUCAGGAAUCAUUGCAGAGUGAUAAAGAGAAAGAUCUUUUGAGAGAGAUACUGUGUGUCAUUGGUGUCAGCCACAAUGGGGUGAGUGAGUCAGAGCUGAUGGAGCUUUAUCCUGAGCUGACUUCUGUAGUGCUGGCCUCACUUCUUCAUAGCCUGCACAAAAUGUGUCUGCUGACAUAUGGCUGUGGUUUGCUGAAGUUCCAACAUCUCCAGGCUUGGGAGAUGGUAAAACUAGAGUAUAUGGAAGCAGGUGAAAAUGUUAUUUCUGCCUAUAGACAAAAACUAGUGGAAUAUUUCACCAUGCAGUUAAGUCAAGACCGAGUGACUUGGAGAAGUGCAGAUGAACUUCCCUGGCUCUUCCAACAGCAGGGAGAUAAGCAAAAGCUACACAAGUGUCUUUUGAAUCUCUUUGUGUCCCAAAAUCUUUACAAAAGGGGACAUUUUGCAGAACUGCUGAGUUACUGGCAGCUGGUUGGGAAAGAUAAGAGCUCUAUGGCAGCUGAGUAUUUUGACUCCCUGAAAGAAUAUGAAAAAAGCAGUGAGGGAGAGGAAAGUAUGAUCUGCCUGGCUGAUCUUUAUGAGACCCUGGGACGGUUUCUUAAGGACCUAGGUCUUCUCAGUCAGGCUGUAGCUCCUCUGCAGCGCUCUCUGGAGAUUCGAGAGACUGCACUGGAUCCAGACCACCCCAGGGUGGCACAGUCACUCCACCAGCUGGCAGGAGUGUAUGUUCAGUGGAAGAAGUUUGGAAAUGCUGAACAGCUGUAUAAGCAGGCAUUGGAAAUCUCUGAAAACGCCUAUGGAGCUGAACAUCCUCGGGUGGCCCGUGAACUUGAUGCACUUGCAACCUUGUACCAAAAGCAGAACAAAUACGAACAAGCUGAGCAACUGAGGAAAAAGUCCUUCAAAAUACGCCAAAAAGCAGCAAGGCAGAAAGGCAGUCUGUGUGGCUUUGCUCUCCUGCGUCAAAGAGCCCUGCAAUUGGAAGAGCUCACGUUAGGCAAGGAUACAUCAGAUAAUGCUCGAACCCUAAAUGAGCUUGGAGUCCUCUACUACCUGCAGAAUAAUCUUGAGACAGCAGAGCUUUUCCUGAAGCGCUCAUUGGAAAUGCGGGAGCGAGUCCUGGGAUCUGAUCACCCAGACUGCGCACAGUCUCUGAACAACCUGGCAGCCCUGUACAAUGAGAAGAAGCACUAUGACAAGGCUGAGGAGCUCUAUGAGAAAGCUUUGGACAUCAGGAAGAGAGCCUUAGCUCCAGAUCAUCCCUCCUUGGCUUACACUGUGAAACACCUGGCAGUGCUGUACAAAAAGAUGGGAAAGCUUGACAAGGCUGUUCCUCUGUAUGAGCUUGCAGUUGAAAUUCGACAGAAGUCGUUUGGCCCAAAACACCCGAGUGUAGCAACUGCUCUGGUAAACCUGGCUGUCCUUUACUGUCAGAUGAAAAAACAGAUUGAAGCUUUGCCCCUCUAUGAACGCGCACUAAAGAUUUAUGAAGACAGCUUUGGCCAAAUGCAUCCUCGCGUGGGGGAAACAUUGAAAAACUUGGCUGUGCUAAGCUAUGAAAGGGGAGACUUUGAGAAGGCAGCUGAACUUUACAAGAGAGCUAUGGAAAUAAAAGAAGCAGAGACUUUGUUGAUAGGUGGAAAAGCAACUUCUCGACACUCAUCAAGUGGAGACACAUUCAGCUUAAAAAGUGCAUUAUCACCAAAUGCUUUGCUGGAACAUGGACAAAGGUGAUACAAACCUGCUCCAAGAAAAGGCAGUCUCUAUAUUCAAGUAGACAGAAAAUUACUAAGACAAAUCCAUUUUUCCAAGGAUUAUGUACUGUUUUGGGACUGACACCUGUCUUCAUGAAUUCUGCCUUAACUAUGCAGACUGUAUGGUACAAAGUGAGCUUCUUUCAUUGUUCAUAGGUACACAUGUUAGUCACUAGCUCAAGUUGUAGCUAAUACCAAAACCAUGGACUUGAUGCCUCCUAGCCUAAGUGCCAGGACUAUAACAAAUUAAGCUGAACCACUUGUAUAAACUCUAAGAGGCAUUUCUUACUUCUUAUUUCUUACUUCUUACUUCUUGUAAAAAGGCAGGAAGGAUUGAUGAUACAAAAAUACACAAAUUCUCUAAGCCAUGCUGUUACAACACCUUUUUACAAGCCUUUAAAGUUGUUUCUGAAGAAAUAGUAAUUUUGAAAAAACUUUGAAAAUACUGUUUAACCUCAAGUUUUACCUGCAAGGUUAUUUCAGCUUAAGCAAACUUUCAUUCAAGGGAGUUGUGCAAAAUUAAGUGGUUUCCUUGGGAAACUAGGGUAUCUAAAUAUGUCAUGGUCAUCUACAGUUAAAGCUGUUGAAGGAUCCACUCUGUUCAAUAAAAAUACUUCCAGUGAGGAAUCAGAAUGAAGAUGAUUAUGGCCAGAUUUCCUGUUCUUAAACCUUUAGCAGUACACCUACUGUUUAGUCUUACUGAAUCCCUUAAAAUACAAGAAUGUUUGUAUUAGCUGGGAAAACCUAGUGAUGCAAAGUAGAUUGCCAUCAGAUAAAGAAAUAUUAAUCAAAUCUACCUGCCUGUUGUAUUUCUUAAUACCUGAGUCAUUGGAAGAAUCAGUCUGAGUUCUACUUUCAUUCACUCCAUAAAUGUAUGCAUCAAUUUAAAUACAUACUAAAAAAAAUACUUUUUUAUAAAAUCAGAAAUGUAAGUGGGAAAUUAUUUGAAACCCUCCUAUAACAUUUCAGAGGCAACUAAUGCUAAUUUGAUCCAGUUUCAAAAAUGCAAAUGGCCUUCACUUCCAAGGAGUACUUGCCUUCCAAGUGUUUUUUCUCUUUUACGGUGCAAUUAAAUACUACUAAUUUCAGCCCUUGUUCUGAUUAGGAGGAAUUUAGUAUUUUGGUAAUGCAGUAACUUGGCAAAAGUAAAGGUAUAUAAAACUGACAGCACAAAUAUUAAACCCAGAUUUGAUUUUUAAGGUUAAGGCUUUGUUGAAAACAAAAAUCAAAAAUAGUUAUUGAAGGUGUUACGAUAGACCACUAAGAGUUGACACUUCGGAACAGCUCUCUGGAUAUUUUUCUCUUAUUCAGAAAAUGGGUUUGUAAACAAAGCAAGGGUUUACCACUCUAUUUCAGCCACCUUAAAAAGUUUUGAAAACUAGAAAGUUCUUUGCAGGAUUGUCGUCAACUGAGAAGAGGGGCAAAAGGAAAGAAAGACAAAUACACAUGCAAAAAAUCCCAAACAAAAAUACCCAACCCCCCUCCCCUCCAAAACCUCAACCUACUCAGCUUGUGUGUGUUUAUGUUGCCUGAUGUUCUUAGACCUGGUAAUUCUCUCCUAUAAAGAAUUACCAGACGUCUGGUCUAGCUUGUCCUGUCUAUUCUGAUUUUAACAUGGCGGUACAGCGGUACAUCUUCCUCUCCUAAACACUUGCACUUAUUGUAGCUAGUUUAAAUAAGAAGUUACUUUCUAGACCCUCAAUGUUAAUGUUGCUGAACUGUUACUCUUCUACCCUUGAGCAAGUUCUCACCAACUUCCUCAUAGGUUUUAGGGUUGGUUUUGGAAUAAGAAAAAAAUUAAAAUAAAAAAUUAGUCCCUCAAAAGCAGCAGAUCCCAACCAUCCAUUGUCCUUUAGUAAAGAGGGUGAGGAAUCCAUGUGCCUACCCUGUGAACCCAAAGAAAGCUCACGAGACAGCUUCCAUGGAGCUGUACCUCAUGGACAGCAGGAAAAGUCAUUGCUAUAUAUGGGAUAUGCCAGAUAAUACUUCUGUGUAGAAGUCCACCUCAAGCAGAGGGUCACCAGUUUCAAUGGAGAUUUAAUUGUACUGUCAGAAUAUCAACAUCUUAAUAACGGUCAUGAGACACUGUAAAAACUGAACAUUUUUAUAAGAUUGACAAAUGAACUUUUAUACUUUUAUUUUUCUGCCAAAUAAACUUUUAUAAGAUUGCCAAAUAAACAAAGCUGGACUUAA